AUGGGUCGUGGUGGUGGUGGCGAGCAGGCAGAUCCGGAGACGAAUUUCGUCUACGCCAAGCCCCCCGUCAAGAACAUGAUUUUGAAGGCCUCCCUCCUCAUCGUCGUGUUGGCGAACAUCACGCUCUUUUUCGCAGUCUACGAGAUGUCGUUAACAGUGCCGUUCGGAUCGGGCAGCUAUAUGGGCUUCGGGAUCGUAAUGCUGACGGUCAGUUUGUGCGCAAUGUUUGCCGUGCUCUCCGACAAAUGGCGCUUUCUCUGCCCCUUAUUUUUCAUGCUGUUCCCCUGCGCCUUCGUGCCGGUUCUAUACUUUAUUUAUUACGUCUCGGUUCCCUUAUUCUGUCGGCUGCAACACAUGUGGGCUGGGGAUACCUCGACAGAUAUUUUCAAGCACGAGGCCAAGCUCCAGACCUGUAUCGCUGGGUUCCCGGGCACCGAUUUCCCGCAAGCAACGUUCUUCCUUUACUUCGGAAUCGAGAAGCUGCUCGAGCUCUACCUGGUUGCGAAACUGUUGCGUGUGAUGCAAAGGGACGAGCAGGAGGUGGAAAGAUCGAUCGAGGAAGGGAAGGGGAGACGUUGCGAUUAUGACAGCGACGAGGAUAUGAUCGUCUAUGAGAGGCUCCCCCAAAAAUCCAAGAAGCUGCCCCCGAAAGUGAUCGAUCGAUGUGCAAAA